AUGGUGAUCUUAACUCAAGGACAUAAACCAGCGCCUGAGAUGACUGGCAGCGACUUACACCCGUCUCCCUUUAAGCUUGUAAGACCAAAUGCUCUUCUGCUAAAUCUGUUACAAUCUGGUGGUGCCAAGAAGGAAAUCUUUACAAUGAAAGAGGUAAUUCACCAUCUUGGUCAGUACAUUAUGGCCAAGCAGUUGUAUGACAAGAAGCAGCAGCACAUUGUCCACUGCUCUAAUGAUCCUCUCGGAGAACUAUUUGGGGUACAGAGCUUCUCUGUGAAAGAACCCAGGAGACUGUAUGCAAUGAUUUUCAGAAAUCUGCUAACUACUGAUUCAGAAGAAAGUUCUUCAAAUGGUCAACCAUCAGAACCUCAGAGAGAGGGCCAGAAGUCAGACGGUGUCUCUUUAACCCUAGAUGAGAGCCUUUCAUGGUCGGUGAUAAGUGACUCUACAGACACCUCUUCUAAUGCAUUUAUAGCCGUAUACAACGACUGGAUAUCGAGUGUAGCCAUGAUCCAAUCUGAUUCAACAGACCAUGAGGCAGGUUCUGUCUCUGAUCAGUUCAGUGUUGAGUUUGAGGUGGAGUCUGUAUAUUCCGAAGAUUAUAGUCCUAGUGGAGGAGAAGAAAGUCUGUCAGAUGACCUGGAUGAUGAGGUUUACCAGGUGACUAUGUGCCAAGAUGAAGAAUCAGGAGACUCUUUGGACGAGGAGAUGGACAUUUCUGAAGCUGAUUACUGGAAGUGUUCACAGUGUGAUGAGAUGAAUCCUCCUAUUCCAAGAUACUGUAAAAGAUGUAGGUCUCUUCGUAAAGACUGUCUCCCAGACCAAAGUGAAGAGAAGAAUUUCCCCUUGAAAAGAAAAGGGAUUGAAGAUUCCCUGGAAGAUGUGGGCAUUGAUGUCCUAGAUGGCAAAAAGCCCAAACUGACAGAUAUGCAAGAUUCAGUUCUCGCAAGAAAAGAUGAUGAGGGAAUCCAGAGCUUUUCUCAGCCCUCCACAUCUUGUAGUCAGGAGGAGUACAGAGAUGGUGACCAAGCUCACCAGGAAAGUUUAGAAGGGAGCCUUCCACUCUCUAGUGUUGGACCUUGCGUAAUCUGCCAGACUAGGCUGAAGAAUGGCUGCAUUGUCCAUGGCAGAACAGGGCAUCUCAUGGCAUGUUAUACAUGCGCGAAAAAGCUUCAGAAGAGGGACAAGCCUUGCCCUGUAUGCAGACAACCAAUUCAAAUGAUCGUAUUAACCUAUGUCAGCUAG